UCAAUCGUCAAGAAAUAAAAGCGACGAAGAAGAAGAACCAGGAAGUGUUGAGUGAGAACCAGGAAGUGUGAGGACGAAUCAGCAAGUGUUUGUCAACAGAACCCGUUCCGGUUUGUUUGAGUCCACAAACGGAAUAUUUCUUUUUUACAGUUAAGUUCAUUUCUGGCCCGAGCCGGAGUGAAGUGGGUGGUGAUAGAAACAGCAGCGGGAGGUAGCGGCUGUCCAGCUCAACAUGUCGGCGGUAGACGUGGAGGAUGAGAGUAUUCUGGCGUCGAUCUUUAAGGACAGCUUCCCGGACAGCUGGAGGGGGGACAACCCGGACUUCGCCGCCUACCUGUCCGAGCUGAGCUCGUUCGGGGUGGAGAAGCUGAGCCGGGAGCCGGAGCGUCUGGCCGAGGACCGGGCUCAGAUCCUGCAGCAGACCCGUGAGCUGGCUUUCUCCAACUACCAGACCUUCAUCCGCACCGCGGACUGCACCCAGACCAUCUACCGGGACUUCGGCCGGGUGGAGAGCAGCGUGUCCCGGCUCCUGGACAAGCUGCCCGGCUUCGGGGAGAAAUGCAGGGGCUUCAUGAAGGAGGCCGAGGACAUCGGAGCGAGCCGCCGGAUGAACAGCCUCACACUGAACCGCCACACGGAGAUCCUGGAGAUCCUGGAGAUCCCUCAGCUCAUGGACACCUGCGUCCGCAACGGCUACUACGAGGAGGCCCUGGAGCUGGCGGCGUACGUCAAGAGGCUGGAGAAGAAGCACUCGACGCUGCCGGUCAUCCAGGGAAUCGUGCGUGAGGUGCGUCAGUCGACUCAGCUGAUGCUCAACCAGCUGUUGCAGCAGCUGCGCAGUAACUCCCAGCUUCCUGUGUGCUUGCGUGUCAUUGGCUACCUGCGGCGGAUGGACGUGUUCACGGAGGCGGAGCUUCGGGUGAAGUUCCUGCAGGCCCGCGGUACCUGGCUGCACGCCAUCCUCGCCGCCAUCCCCGACGACGACCCCUACUUCCGCAUCACCAAGACCAUCGAGGCCUGCAGGGUCCACCUGUUCGACAUCAUCACCCAGUACAGAGCCAUCUUCUCUGAUGAAGACCCGCUGGCCCCGCCCACCGGCAGCGGGCAGGCGCCACUGAACGAGGGCGCCAUCUUCCACGGCUGGGUGGUGCAGAAGGUGGCGGAGUUCCUGGAGACGUUGGAUCAGGACCUGCAGCGCGGCGUGGGGGGGCGCCUGGAUUCCCUGCUGGGGCAGUGCAUGUACUUCGGCCUGUCCUUCAGCAGAGUGGGGGCCGACUUCCGGGGACAACUGGCGCCCAUGUUCCAGCGAGUGGCGAGGGACACGUUCCACCGUGCGGUGCAGGAGGCGGUGGACAAGUUCCAGGAGGACAUGAACCUGUACACGCUCAUCUCCCUGCCCUCCAUGCUGGGGGGCACCAUCCCGCCCGUGGCCCCCAGCACCCAGCCCGGGACCCUGCAGCCCCCCAUGUCUCUGCUGGACUUCCAGCCGCUGGCCUGCUUCCUCAACAACAUCCUGACGGCGUUCAACGACCUGCGGCUCUGCUGCCCCAUCGGCCUGGCCCAGGACGUCUCCAGAGGCCUGGAGGACGGCCUGAGGAAGGUGAGCCGUCAGAUCGUGGUUUUCCACCGGGCCGAGGAGUCGGCCUUCAGCAGCAGAGAGAAGGAGCUCUUCCUCCAGUUCUGCUGCGCCUACGCCGAAGAUCUGCUCCCCUUCCUCAACCGCUGCCUCCAGGUCCUCUUCCCCCCGGCUCAGCUGGGCCUGGUCCUGGGUCUUCCUGCCUCUCAGAUGUCCAGGUUCGCUGGUCUGGGCUCCAUCGAUGUGGCCUCGGUCCUUGAGCCUCUGGACUUCCUUCUUCCUCAGAGGGAAACGUUGGCGGCGCCAGAGGUCGACGUCACGGCCAGACUGGACCUCCUGAUGGUGGACACACAACCAGCACCAGAACCAGGACAAGAAUCAGGACCAGGACCAGAACCAGAACCAGAACCAGAACCAGGACCAGCACCAGCACCGAGCCCGUCUGGACCCAGAGACUCAGAGUCUGGAGUUGAAGUGAUGACGACAGCAGAGGAAGAAUUCUCUUUGGACUGAAGUUGAAGAUCUGUUAAAACUGAAUGAAAACGUUUCGACAUCUGUCUGUAAAUAAGCAGCAGCGCCACCAUGUGGUCAGUAGAAUACGGCAGCAGCCUCACACACUGAGGUCAUCUUUAUUUCUGAUGGAAGGAAGGAAGGAAGGAAGGGAGGGAGGGAGGGAGGGAGGGAGGGAGGGAGCGAGCAGUUUCAGUUUGAUCCAGUAGGAGGCAGCAAUGCUCCAAGAUGAAGUGUACGAGACACUAAUACACACUAAUACACACACACACACCAACAAACCUAAUGAAUGAAGACAACGUUAAUCAGGGUGGGGGGAGGUGGGGGUGGGGGGGGUUGACCUCUGACCUCUUAUUAAAAUUAAUUUUAUUAUAUUUAACCCUCAGGUGUCAUUAGGAUGUUUGGUCUCAUUCUGUCUGUGUCUGGUAUAUUUUUAUAACAACAUUUCUCUCUACACAAAGUUUGACAUUUAAAAAUAAAAACAUUUCUUAUUAUUACAGAA